AUUUCACUCGGAUGUCUGGGAUGUUUCUUCUGCAGCUCUUUAAAGGCUUUGAUGUGAUCACAUCUGAUCGUCCACCAAACUAGAGAAAUACAUCUGGACUAUAAAGACACAAGUGGACGAUAAAGAUACAUCUGGUCUAUAAAGACACAAGUGGACUUUAAAGACACAAGUAGACAAUAAAGACAUCUGGACUAUAAAGACACAAGUGGACUAUAAAGACACAUCUGGACUAUAAAGACAAAAGUGGACGAUAAAGAUACAUCUGGUCUAUAAAGACACAAGUGGACGAUAAAGAUACAUCUGGUCUAUAAAGACACAUCUGGACUUUAAAGACACAAGUAGACAAUAAAGACAUCUGGACUAUAAAGACACAAGUGGACUAUAAAGACACAUCUGGACUAUGAAGACAAAAUUGGACAAUAAAGACACAUCUGGACUAUAAAGUCUGUUCAUCCCAGUCUGGACUUCUGUACCGUGUUUGAGUAUCAACAGAAGGAGGUGUGAUCUGAUUUCGGGGAAGAGGAGGGAGUGAUGGGAGGAGUGGCUUGUAAAGAGAAGGUGAAGGAGAAGAGGAGCGUGGGGAAGGAGGGCAGUCUGACCUCAGCAGACAGAAUCCGUCAAAUCACCAUCAGACAGUUUGGAUACAACGUCCUGAGUCUGGCUCGCCGAGGCCUGAAGGAGGUCCCAGAGGAGCUGUGGGAGCUGCUGGAGCUUGAGAAGCUGAAUUUGUCCCUCAACAGUCUGAAGGCUCUUCCUCCUCCGCUGGCUCUGCUGUCCAACCUCGUGGUCCUCAACCUGUGGGGCAACCAGCUCAGCAGCCUGCCUGCAGAGAUCGGACAGCUGAGGAGACUCCGAGUUUUAUUCGCCUACAGGAAUCGACUGACAGAGGUUCCUGAAGAGCUGGGGGCCUGUACACAGCUGGAGGUUCUGAGUUUGGCCAACAACCAGUUGUCCUCGCUGCCGGCCUCGCUGUCCGGUCUGACCCGCCUGAAGAAACUGAACCUCAGUCACAACCGCAUCGCUCACAUCCCGGGCUGCGUCUACAACCUGAAGGCUCUGGUGUUCCUCCACCUGGCCAGUAACUGUCUGGAGAACCUGGCGGAGAACAUCCAGGCUCUGGUGGAGCUCAAGAUCCUCAUCGUGGAGGGAAACAGCCUCCACUCGCUGCCUAAAUCCCUCUGCUGCCUCACCAGGUUGGAGUUGCUGAACCUGGACUUUAACGACAUUAAGGAUGUUCCGCAGGAGAUGCACCUGUUGUCCCGGUUGGAGAAGCUGGCCUGCCACCCUCUGGAUAAAGGACUCCACAUCGUCCACAACCCGCUGAUGAAGCCUGUGAAGGAGGUGCUGGAGGGGGGGCUCAGCGCCCUCUUCAGUUACCUGAGAGCCACAUAG